UUUGGUUGACGAUAGCAUUUGGUAAGAAACUAGUGUUGACAAUGAAGUGGUUUACUCUCUUGUCAUUGCUGUUCGUUGCUCUGGUGGUGGCUGAAGAGGAGAGGAAUUUGCCAUUGGCAGAGUCAUGUAACUUAGAAAGUUGCCAGUUACCCGAUUGCAGAUGUUCAUCCACUUCUACCCCUGGAGGACUUCCUUUGCGUGAUGUGCCACAGUUCGUAACUGUGACCUUCGACGAUGGUGUGAACAUCUUGAACAUCGAAACCUACCGUAAAAUCCUCUAUGGACGCAGAAACUCCAACCAGUGCCCGGCUGGAGCCACCUUCUACAUCAACCAUGAAUACACCAACUACCAGCUGGUUAAUGAACUGUACAACAACGGCUUCGAGAUCGCUCUUCACUCCAUCUCUCAUCAGACCAACCAGGAAUACUGGUCCCAAGCUACCUAUGAAGAUAUGGUCAGGGAAUUCGCCGACCAGAAAACCCAAAUGUCUCACUUCGCUAAUAUUCCCCGUUCUGAAAUUAAAGGUAUCAGAAUGCCGUUCCUUCAGCUAGCUGGUAAUUCUAGCUUCUUGGUCAUUGCUGAGCACGGUUUUCUUUAUGACUCUUCCUGGCCGACGGUUCAGUUUGUGGGGUCAGGUCUUUGGCCAUACUCCCUGGACUACUCUUCCAUCCAGGAUUGCGUCAUCAGCCCCUGCCCCACUGCGUCAAUCCCCAAAGCGUGGGUGUCUCCGAUGAUUUCUUGGCUCGACCUUAAUGGUAGUCCUUGUGCGAUGGUUGACUCCUGCUUUGCUUUCCCAGACAGGGAAGACGAGGAGGCAUGGUUCCGCUUCAUCUUGACCAACUUCGAGCGUCACUACUUGAACUCUCGCGCACCUUUCGGCUUCUACGUCCAUGAGUGGUACCUGUCCACCUACCCAGCUAUUAUGAAUGCCCUGGUUCGGUUCAUGAAUCUGGUCAAUGAGCUGGAGGACACUUUCAUGGUGACCGAAUCGGAAGUUAUCGACUGGGUCAGAGACCCUAUUCCUGUCAAUGAAUACAAGGAGAAACCCUGCAAAUCAUUCGCUCCCAUGCCCUGUGCCGCAACCAGCUGUGGUCCUCUCAGAGCAGAACACAACAACCUUGACUACUGGAUGGCUAUCUGCAACACUUGCCCAAGAACCUACCCGUGGCUUGGAAAUCCUCUGGGACUGUAAAAACAUACAGUCAAAACCUGUAAACAGCCUAUAUAAGUCCUACUUGUCGAAAUAGGCUAUCCGUCCGUCUGUCGGAGGAAGAACGGAGCAUAAUUUAUUAAAAAUCUUAUAAAUAUUAUUGUAUAUAAUAAUGUGAAAUAAACAAUUUCAAAAUGA